UAGAGUUAUCACAUUUAAUAAUAUAUUAUAUCUACUCACUUAUUCAGUAGUAGCUUUCUUCACAUGCAUUCUCAAAGUUAAAGGUACAUAUUUCUUAGAAUACUAAAAUAAAAAAAAAUUGUUCGAUGAAUCUAGACGUCUAGGCGUCCCAUUAAGCGCUCUGGGCGGUCAACUAGGCGCCUUAGACGGCCGACGAAUUCACCUAGGCGCCGAUUCAAUUAGUCGGAGCGCCUAGACCAAAAUCGGGGCGCCCGACCACCGCCUAGCGCCUAGGCGGGGACUAAUCGGGCGCCUAGAACGAUUUUUAGAACAGUGAUAUUUACUACAUCGUGUUGGAUUAAACUCAACACUGGCGCCGUCUGUGGGAAUCUGUCCAAAAAGAUUCGGUGUUCUACUGUUCUUGAGUUUCUACGAAAAAUUCGUACGUAGUGGACUGAUUCUAGCAAAGAAAAAAAGAAAGAAAAAAUCUGGAAUUUUGGUUUGGGGAAGGUCUGGAUAUGCCGCCAGCAGCUCCGUCCAACCGACCGAGGAAGAAGAAAAGCAGAAAGAAAGGUUCUGGGAAAAAAGAAGAAGAGAUGAAGUCCAGAUCUGGAAUUUUAUAGACCGUGGCCGGAGCAGCCGUCCGUACCACCGCGCGCUCCACCAAGAGCUCGCUGAUAUACGAUGCAAAAGCCGCCUAGCUUUUCCGGCCCUCGUCAUCGCUAGCAGCGCCGCUCUACGCCUCCGUCGCGGUGCGCCCGCCGGCCUCAGCUCCCCCUCGCUGCUCGAACCUCAGAGAGGGUCCGCCAUUAAUGGCCGCUGAGAGCUCCAAGAGUGACAACCGUAAACCAGUGCACCCCCACGGCUCGAGGUUAGGGAAGUUUCGCCGGUUAUGCCGGAGUCCUGGCUGGGACCACGUGCACGCCACCGGUCUUUGUCGCUCCGCCACUAAUGCCGCCUGAGGCAGCCUUGUCCCGGCCGUCAUCAGCCGCUGCUGCGUUGCCACCGCUGCGUUGCGCACUACGUGGGCUCCCUUCGACCAGCUACAGCAGCUGAGUAACAAUCGGGCUACAUAUUGGCAGUAGGGGUAGCUGCCAGCUUGCAAAAUGUGAAGGCUGGAUGAUUGGAGGCUUUUUGGCAAUUUUGACCAAGUCAAAAUCGGCAAGGAUGAGCAAAUUGUCUUCACAAGACCCCCUGGCCGAGUAUCAACCAAGAGCUAAGUAUUCUAACUCCCUCAUAUGCCAAUUAAACAUUUGGUAAUUGAAAUAUUUCUAUUAGUAUUAUUUUCAUCCCCAUUAUUUACUAGGGGUUAAAAUGUCCCGAAAUAAAUAAUGCUGAGUGAAGCUCGGGGAUGAGCUUCCACCGUCACUUUAAUUUAAUAAUUAGAGGACGAGCUGAGCCGAGCCGAGGGUCAUCGUGCCCCAAGGUCGACGCUCAUAUCCAGAAGAACUAGGUGAUGGGCCGGGCUGAAGGUCAUCGUACUCCGAGGCCGACCGUCAUGCCCGGAAGAGCCCCAAGCCGACCUACAAAAAAAAAUUGUGCACAUAUACAUAUUGUCUGGCCAUUUGGCCGCGUUACUAUGUUCAUUGUGUAGAUUAAGAUCAUAGUCAGAUAAGAGAUGAUGCUCAAAAUGAACCUUGGUGCCAAGGGCUUGGGGACGAGCAUCCUCCACCCGGAGGCCGAGGGUCUAAAGAGAACCAUCAAGAGCCAAGGGCCGUGGACGAGCAUCUUUCACCCCGGAUGCCGAGGGCCCGAUGACGAUCAUCUAUCGUCCAGUGGCCUAGGCCCGGGGAUGAGCAUCUUUCACCCCGGAUGCCGAGGGCCUGAUGACGAUCAUCUAUCGUCCAGUGGCCUAGGCCCGGGGACGAGCAUCUUUCACCCCGGAGGCCGAGGGUCCGAAGACGAUCAUCUAUCGUCUAGUGGCCUAGGCCCGGGGACGAACAUCCACCACCCAGAGGCCGAGGAUCUAAAGAAGACCAUCAAGAGCCAAGGGCCAUGGACGAGCAUCUUUCACCCCGGAGGCCGAGAGUCCGAAGACGAUCAUCUAUCGUCUAGUGGCCUAGGCCCGGGGACGAACAUCCACCACCCAGAGGCCGAGGAUCUAAAGAAGACCAUCAAGAGCCAAGGGCCGUGGACGAGCAUCUUUCACCCCGGAGGCCGAGGGUCCGAAGACGAUCAUCUAUCGUCUAGUGGCCUAGGCCCGGGGACGAACAUCCACCACCCAGAGGCCGAGGAUCUAAAGAAGACCAUCAAGAGCCAAGGGCCGUGGACGAGCAUCUUUCACCCCGGAGGCCGAGGGUCCGAAGACGAUCAUCUAUCGUCUAGUGGCCUAGGCCCGGGGACGAACAUCCACCACCCAGAGGCCGAGGAUCUAAAGAACACCAUCAAGAGCCAAGGGCCGUGGAUGAGCAUCUUUCACCCCGGAGGCCGAGGGUCCGAAGACGAUCAUCUAUCGUCUAGUGGCCUAGGCCCGGGGACGAACAUCCAUUAUCCAGAGGCCAAAGCCCGGGGACGAACAUCUAUCAUCCAGAGGCCGAGGGCUUUGAGACGCGCAACACAUCCUGAGACCGAGCAUGCCCAGGCUAAGCAUGUUGAGGUAGAAAUGUCCCGAGGAGACCCAACCUAGCAACUGGAGGUCGAAUGUCUCUAGGAAUAGGCCGAGGAUUGUUGCUGUAUGACGACUCCGAGGUCUGCUACCGGGUCGUGCAUCAAAAGCAAAGACACAUCUAGGCCGAGUUUCUAGGGAUGAACGUCCAAAGGAAGUUGGGUCGGGUUUCUAGGGACUAAUCUUCCUAAGCAUGUCGGGCCGAGCAUCCAGAAGGAAAAUUCCAGAGCCCCAACAACGAGAGAUCGAGUGGGCUGACCGUCAAGGGGCCGAACGUCCAAGGAAGCCCAGCCUGGAGGUCGAACGUCUCUAGGAAUAGGCCGAGGAUUGUCGCUGUAUGACGACUCCGAGGUCUGCUACCGGGUCGUGCAUCAAGAGCAAGGACACAUCUAGGCCGAGUUCCUAAGGGUCGAACGUCCAAAGGAAGUCGGGUCGGGCAUCCGUGGGCCGAACGCCCCAAUCCCUCGCACCCAGGCCAAGGCAUUGAAUUAAGCCUUUGCUCCGAAAGCCGGGGUCAUGUGCAAAGAAGGCAGAGGAAGAGCGUAGGCAAGAGUAUACUUUCUCGAGCAGAUUCGCACGCUCACUACUCAAGAAACUGGGGGACUUGUGUUGAGGUAUAUUACCCCGGUCCGUUACUGUUCAGGAGCCCAAGGCAUCGCCCCAGCUUGGAGCCCGAAUGACAAGGUCCAUUUCAGCCUAUUAGGCAUGUUUCGGCCCUUUGGGCCCAUUUUGGGCUUACUUGGACCAUUAGGUUAGGUUUCCCCCUUUCCCUUACCCCUAUAAAUAUGGGGCUUUCCCACAUGUUUAGGGAUCUUUUCCUUCUUCUUCCUUCUCACUAGAAUAGCUUACAAUACUCCAUUAAUGGGAGCUCAAAAUGUACUAUGUAAUGGUGAGGAGAGUCCUAAUGAGAAAGAGAGGGCUUGGAAAUUAGCCUAAAAAGUCCCGUGGUUUUCUCCCUUUCGGGUUUCCACGUAAAAACUGAGUGUUCAUACAUAUAUUUACUAUAUCGUGUUGGAUUAAACUCAACAAAUGAUCAAAACAUUUUAUUUAUAUUUAAAUCCUACUCCUCGUUUAAUUUUUUUUCUAAGUUAAAUCAAUUUCCAAAACAAAAUAAAAUUGUUUGUUGUAGUCUUGUAGACAUGUGACAUGGAAGAAAAAAAGUAUUUUUAAAUGGCAUCUGAGAUAUAUUAUUACCCAGAAAAACAGAUGAAAGUGUGAGCGCGUGCUUUCCAACAUCAACGUAUAUAGGGUUCCUAUUUAAAAAUCCUUAUUAUGAGUUAUGACCAUAAACUCCGGGUUACCCCGUUCCUUAUUUCGGCGCUUUCCGUUUCGGUGCGACUGUGGAUUUCAAAAGCAGGAUUUUGCUUCUCUAUUCUCGGCCUCUUCCACUAGUUGAAGAUUCUAGGCUGAGAUUGAGAAGUUAGCGAUUAGAGCCUGCCAUGGAUGAGGGUUUGGUUGAUGACAUUAUAAGGAAGCUGCUUGAUGCGAAGACAGUGAGGGCGCCGAAGCAGGUGCAGUUGACAGAGUCAGAGAUUAAGGAGCUUUGUGUGGCGUCCAAAAAGAUAUUUCUCAGCCAGCCUAAUCUUCUCGAGCUCGAAGCACCCAUCAAGAUUUGUGGUGAUAUUCAUGGUCAGUACUCUGAUCUUCAGCGGUUGUUUGAGUAUGGUGGGUAUCCGCCUGAGGCCAAUUAUCUAUUCUUAGGAGACUAUGUUGACCGUGGUAAGCAGAGUGUAGAAACAAUUAGCCUUCUCCUUGCGUACAAGAUUAAAUACAAGGAGAACUUUUUUCUCCUAAGAGGCAACCAUGAAUGUGCUUCUAUCAAUAGGAUAUAUGGCUUCUUUGAUGAGUGCAAGAGGAGGUAUAAUGUUCGUGUUUGGAAGAUGUUUACAGAGUGCUUUAACUGCUUGCCUGUUGCGGCCCUUAUUGAUGAGAAGAUACUAUGCAUGCAUGGAGGACUAUCUCCUGAGCUGAAGCACUUGGAUCAAAUUAGAAAGAUUCCCCGUCCUGUAGAUGUACCUGACCAAGGUCUCUUAUGUGACUUGUUGUGGGCUGAUCCUGACAGAGAUAUUGAAGGAUGGGGAGAGAAUGAUCGGGGAGUAUCAUAUACAUUUGGAGCAGAUAAGGUCACUGAAUUUCUUGAGGAGCAUGACCUUGAUCUCAUUUGCCGAGCUCACCAGGUUGUGGAAGAUGGAUACGAGUUCUUUUCAAACCGACAGCUGGUCACCAUAUUUUCUGCACCAAAUUACUGCGGUGAGUUUGACAAUGCUGGUGCCAUGAUGAGUGUAGAUGACACAUUAACAUGCUCAUUCCAAAUCUUGAAGGCCUCUGAGAAGAAAGGAAAAUCUGGAUUUGGCAAUGCACAGAGACCAGCUACACCGCCUUAUAAGGGUCCCAAGGGAUAAAUGCAUGGCACCAACAAUUACACAUUGGUCAAGGUUGCUGUAGAUUUAACACACAACAUGCCCUACUUCUACAAAGUGAUGCUCCCAAUCGUUUUGAAUCUCAAUCUAAGGAUUGGAAAAAAGCUCAACUGGCCAGGUUCCUUAUUUUGUUCUCACGAAAGGGCUUUGUGGUCAAUGCCGUUCACCUUUGUAACUCUGUCUUAUUUCUAAAAUGUAAAAUGCAACAAACUUCAAUAUUUCCAAAUGGUUUGCUUCUUACUUUCCUUUUCCUCCGGUGUGUGUGAUGUAGUGUUUCCAUUUUAUUGGGAAACAAUUAGACAAAACCUGAAGACUAUUGCAAUUUGCAAAUCAUCUUUAAUUUACUGCACAUAUUGAAUUGCUGUCAG